CACCAUGUCAUCUCUUCACAUCAAUAGCAUUUCACUUGAGCUCUUCAAAAGGACAUUAGCGCGCUACGCGAUCAUAGCACCAUCCACAUUAGCAGACCUCGAUACCCUGCGCUAUGAGACAAUCCCCGCGAAGCUCGCCAAGAGCAAGAAAGACACGCAUCUACCGAAAGCCGAUGUUGAGAAGCUUGUAGAAUGGAAACUGAAACACGGCACAUUCCGUCCCACGCUGAUGAACCUCGUCAAAUCGAAUGCCCCGGAUGCCAUCGAGGAAACAACCCGCCUCGGUUUUCUUGACAACGAUCCUAUGCGCUCCCUUAAAGUCCUUGCGUCCCUCCGUGGAAUUGGUCCUGCAACCGCAUCCCUGCUUUUGAGCGUCCGAUCCCCAGAUUCUGCGCCGUUCUUCUCCGAUGAACUGUUCAGAUGGACGCACUGGGAUGCGCCAGGUAAGAGUGGGUGGGAGAGGAAGAUCAAGUAUAGUGUGACAGAGUACAAGGAGAUACUUGCGAGUGUUGAGCGUUUGAGGAAGAGGUUGGGUGUCAAAGCGGUAGACGCGGAGAAGGUGGCGUAUGUGUUGGGGAGGGAAAGUGUGGAUGUGGAUGGGGAAAUUGAAGGGAAGGGGGGUGCGGGAGAAGCUCUAGAAGAGAAUCUCAAAAAGAAUGGAGAGAGGGAGAAAGGGGUGGAAGAUGUGCAGGAGGAGAGUAGGAAGCGGGUACAGGAGGCGCUUGAGGAGAUCAGGAAGGAGAAGGCUAAUAAUAAAGAGAGCGGAAAGCGGCAGGAAGACGCUGUGGUUGAUUCGGAGCAGCAGGCUGACAAGGCCGCAAAGAAGCAAGGCACGAAGAGGAAGGCGAAGGAAGGAACCGUACCUGCCGAAGGGGCGCGAAGGAGUACCCGAAAGAAGACUUAGAGCGGAAUUUAUUAUCGAAUGAGCAGGGUUGGCUUCUUGACGAGGGCAGAACAGAAGGCUGGCUAAAAAUAAACGCAACGACAGUGAUAGCUCGCGUGCGAGCUUAAGGCAACUGUAGUAGGCGUCUGAGGAGGGCAGAAAAUGAUGCCGCGCUUCCAGGAUCACAGAACAUUGAGCAACUUGUCUAUCUGUCAAUGAGUUGUACCUCCUCUGAUUGACCUCAUGCGCGACUAUUUAAACUCGGCGCUCCCUCCGUCA